GUGUCGAUCAACAACAAGAAGCUGGACCUGUCCUACAGCUUCACAGAGAGCCGGGGGGUCUCCAGCUGUGUGGACGGCAGCCCAUGUGACCGCAGACCCUGCCUCAACGCAGGAACCUGCAUGUCCAGCGCAGAGUACGAGUUCCAGUGCCUCUGCAGGGACGGGUUCGAGGGAGAGCGCUGCGAGGUGGUGAAGGAGGCGUGUCAGAACAACCUGCAGUGUGUGAACGGAGGCAGCUGUGAAGACGGACAGUGUGUGUGUGCAGCCGGACACACAGGGCCCAACUGUGAGGAGAGCCACGCCUCCAGCCCCCCCGCCGCCCUGCUGAGUUUGGAGGGUAGCGAGCCCAAUGGUACAGUAUUCAGUCUGUCUGCGACUAACAUUGACCUCUAACCUUCUGCAUCUUUCUGAGACAACGGGACGAUCUGCAACGUGUGGGAUUCCUCUUGUCUUUCUGUCCUCAUGUCAUCGCCUGAGAGAGGCUCUACUCACUUCAUCAAAACAAGAAACCAUCAGAAACACUUCCUGCACUUUGCCCCGCUACUAACAGGGUGUCUUUAAAAACACAGUGCACUCUGAGCUGAAUGUGGUGCAUGUUUCCAUGGUGACGGGGAGGAUUUGCACUUCACCUGCUGCUCAGGUGUUGCUGUUUGCAUCAUGGAGUCUGGUCUGUUUGUCCUGAAGGGUUUCAUGCUCUUGUUUCUGUGUGAGGAUGGAUGGGGCUCAGGAAGCAUCAGAGAUGAUUCUCAGCUGAGGUGAUGGGAUGCUUUUUAUCCUCUGUUAGUGAGAGCAGGAUUCAU